AUGUCAACCAUUACUUGGAGUAUCACCAGUCUUGUCCAGUUUCACCUCAAUAACGCGGGAAAAGCAUGCACCAAGAACAUCACGAGGAAGCCUCAGCCACUGAUCAGGCGCGCAUCUGGCCUUCCAGACCAUUUCUCGCGAUUGCCGGCCGAGCUCAAGAUCAUCAUUUUCGCUUACGUCUAUGCAGAUCACGAAUUCGACUUAGAAAUCUCCGAGUUCAAGCCACUUAUUGCCCGAAUUCUAGCCUGGUUCGAUACAGCCGCGCCUGACUUUCCCUUGCUCAGGUACAUCUCUAACCCACGAUCACGCGGAUCAUUAACUCCCAUGCACGUCUGUCACGACUGGCGUCACCUCAUCCAGAAUGACGGACUUAUCGAGCGCAAUGCGGAAUUCCACAUCACCUCCCCGUUCCGCAUCAGUCAGAAACGUAUCCCCGAAUCCCUUGAUGUCGACCUACAACAACACCUCCGCAGGAUCCGAUACUUGCGGCUGGACGAAGACUUCGCCUCCUACAUGACGCCUUAUGCAACGUUGCGGUCACUUUACCACCUGUUGAAUAACGACACGCUGCCACGACUACAACACGUCGCCUUCACGAACGCCAAGCUCUACGGCAGUAUCUUCGCCGACGUCUCGGGCACGGACCUCACCGAUGACGAGAUAUGUAUAUGGCUGGCUGCGUUCUUCGGCAAGGAGGUGCUAGACACAAUUCCCUCCGACGGGCAUCGCGAGAUGGAAAUCCCUUGCACGCUCCAGCACGUCGGCGUGGGACUCGUAGCAGACAACGACUGUCCUCUUUUCGCAGGUUUCUUUCCAGCAUCACACGAUUCGUACUUCGCCAAAGGUGCGAGAACAACGGGUAUGCAAGACUUCUUCACCUUAGCCGCUCAUAAAAGCAUCACGAUCACAUUGGAGUUCUGUGGGAUUUCUGCUGCACCUUUGUAUCUCUUUCCCGAAGAAGAUAUCGCGUAUAGACAGAUUGAGGAAAUUGGGAAACGGUAG